CAAUACCCUGAUAGCAUCGCUACGCUACCUCCUGUAUUAUGACUUUGACUAUUUGGCUCUCUUGUUUUACUACUUUCACAACUCACGGGCUCAUGUACGAUACGGGAUAUGGAUGGAUUUGCUUCUCUUCUUUUCGUCAGGUGUUACUUUCGGGGAUUUCAGAUUGUGUUACUACAACCCAUUACCUUACCUUAUUUUCACGGUGCUGUGUGUUUUUGUUUCUACAUUUCCGGGGUUACUUACAUUAUGUUUGUCCCAUCCAUCCAUCUAUCCACAUACAUCAGACUUGAUGGAUGAACGGAUAGAUGUGAUAUGGACGACCUUACUUCGGGUUUCUUUUUCUUCUUCUUUUUCUUCUUCUUUUUCAUGUAUCAUAUGACUGACUAUCUAUGACCGACACACACUGGUUGUGUAUGUACUUUAUUCUACUGUACUAUUUAUCUAUCUAUUUAUCUAUCAUCCUAUCGAUCCACCAAU